UUGGGAAGCAAGCAGAGUUUUCCAUCACCGUAAAACUCUUUCAACCCCAAAGGGCCACCGAUUUCCUACGUGCAGUCUGACAUGAAUCUCCACUCUCUUUUAUUACACGGGGAUCGGCGUUUACGGUAAGGAACGGAAGCGUGAACUGAAGCAUGGCCCAAACAAGAAUAUGUUUAGUCGUGUUUUUCGGUACUGCCUAUCUUUUCUGUACUGUGAAUGCUCAGUAUGAGAAAUACAGCUUCAAAAGCUUCCCAGCGAACGACCUCAUGCCGCUGGAGUCUGCGUACGGACACGCGUUAGAGAUGUACGCGGCUCAGGACUGGAAGCAGAGCGCUAAAUAUCUGGAGCUGAGCCUACGGCUUCAUCGGCUGCUGAAGGACAGCGAAGCGCACUGCAGUCAGAACUGCAACACCGCCGGCCGGGAAUACGAGGAGAACAACACGGAAACUACCCUCUUGGUUAUGGGGCACAUCAUAAUGCGAGCCGCAUGCCUGAAAAGGUGCAAAACAGACUUUCCCGUGUUUUCUAUAUCAUACCCUAAGCGAGAGACUUUUGGUGCUUUCGAACAGAGAAUACCCUACAGGUACCUUCAAUACGUCUAUUACCAGAUGAAUGAUUUGGAGAGAGCAGUUUCGGCAGCACACACAUAUCUACAGCGAAACCCUGAGGACUCCCUUUUAUCUAGGAGUCUUAACUACUAUAAAAGUCUGUUUGACACAGAGGAAUAUCUUAUAGACCAUGAGGAGAAGCCAUAUGAGGCUUUAUUCUUGAAGGCUGUAAAGCUGUAUAAUUCAGGGGAUUUUAGCAGCAGUGCUCGAGACAUGGAGCUGGCAGCUGCUGAGUAUUUUAAAACAUUCAGCACGUGUUUGAUGUCCUGUGAGGGGUCAUACGAUGUGCAGGAGUUUAAAGACUUCUACCCCACCUUAGCCGAUUUCUAUUUUGAAGUAAUGAAGUGUAAACUAAAAUGUGAGGAAAAUUUGAUUCCAAAUGUUGGUGGUUUCUUUGUGGAAAAAUUUGUUGCCACCAUGUACCACUACAUGCAGUUUGCUUAUUACAAAUUAAAUGAUGUUCGAAAUGCAGCACCGUGUGCAGCAAGCUAUUUGCUGUUUGAUGCAAAUGAUCAAGUGAUGCAGCAGAACAUGGCCUACUACAGAUUCUACAGACAACAGUGGGGACUGGAGGAUGAGCAUUUCAAACCACGACCAGAGGCUCUUAGAUAUUUAAAUCAAACCACCAACCUAAAGGAACUUCUGGAGUUUGCACAGAAUUAUUUACAGACAGAUGACGAGGAUACUGUAAGUUCAGAGGAAGCAGCAUCGGCUCUGUCAAGUCCUCCUGAUGAAGAGUUUGAGGGAAUCGGGGACUACGAGGAAUCUUUCCUGGCUGAAUGGUGGCAGGAACCCAAAACUAAAGGAGAUACAGGAGAACCAGCUGAAUAAGCACAAACCAAAUCAUAUACUAUUAUUUAUACUGGUACCCUGAGGGAGUCUCCAUUUGGUGUCUUUCUCAUUCCCUGUUGACUCUUUCCCCUUUUUCAUUGAAGAAGAAUUUAACUGUAUCCGGUCUGACUUUGCUUUCCAUUUUCAUUUUCAAGCUUUGUAUAAUUUUGAUGCAAGAAGUUUUAUAAUAACAGUCUUUCAUCCAGAUUUUGUUCAGUUUAGAUAAGCUUAUUUAAAAUGGAGACACAUCACCAAUCGAACCUCUGCUUAUCAACUGUUACAAAAUAAAAUGAGUUUGAGAAGGUGUAUAUUACCAUUUUGUUACAUUAAACAAGAUGACAAACA